CGCUCCUGUUCUCGGUUCUCCCCGUUCGCUUCUCCCUUCCCCUCCCGCCGCGACGCAUAGCCGCCAAACAAACUCCCGCAAAGCUGACGAGCACCAUAGCCAAAUCAACGCAUAGCGAUAUCCAGGAGCUUUCACAAAGCUGUCUCCGUCCACGAGUGCUCUAGCUGACACCUAUCGCCGGCGUCAAUGGCGAGCUCCGGCGAUGAAGGGCGCGUGGUGGUGGACCUCCGCUCCGCGGCGGAGUCGGCGGCUGCCGACGAGGAGGCGCACGCCACGCCUCUCCACGAGAUCGAGUCCCUAUGCAUGCGCUGCGGCGAGAACGGCAUCACGAGGCUUCUGCUGACGCUGAUCCCGCACUUCCGAGAGGUGGUUCUGAUGGCCUUCGAAUGCCCACAUUGUGGUGAGAGGAACAAUGAGAUUCAGUUUGCUGGACAGCUCCAACCUAAGGGAUGUUGCUAUAGCUUGAAGGUUCCGUUGGGGCAGAGUGACAUACUGAAUCGUCAGGUUGUGAAGUCUGAUUCAGCGACUAUCAAGAUUCCAGAGCUGGACUUUGAGAUUCCUCCCGAAGCUCAACGUGGAACACUUUCUACUGUGGAAGGGAUUAUUAUGCGGGCUGUGGAUGAGCUGCAGGCACUUCAAGAUGAACGAAAGAAAGUGGAUCCUCAGAAGGCUGAAGCUAUCGAUCAAUUUUUACUGAAGUUGAGAUCUCUUGGGUCAGGAGAGGCUGCAUUCACCUUUAUUCUUGAUGACCCUGCAGGAAAUAGCUUUAUCGAGAACCCGCAUGCUCCAUCAUCAGAUCCUUUACUAUCUGUGAGAUUCUACGAAAGGACUCGUGAACAACAAGCAGCACUUGGUUUUCUGGCUGAACCACCAACAGAACAACCUGGAGAGGCUGUUUUGCCUGCUUCAGCUGUGGAAUCCAAUUCUGAUGGGUUGCAAAGCGUGCCCCAUGGCUCAGUUGGAGCUGUUGCAGGUCGUCGCGCUAUAGCUCAGGGAAACCCUGACGAAGUUGCUGCAGCAUUGUGUAGAUACUCAGCACCAGAAGAGGUUGAUACUUUACCAUCAACAUGUGGGGCCUGUGGAACAGAAUGUGUCACGCGAUUCUUUGCUACAAAAAUCCCAUAUUUCCGGGAGGUUAUUGUUAUGGCAACAACAUGUGACAUGUGUGGUUAUCGCAAUUCAGAGCUGAAGCCUGGGGGUGAAAUUCCAGCUAAGGGAAAGAAAAUUACACUGCGUGUUCAAAACGCACGAGACCUUACUCGCGAUGUCAUAAAGUCAGAUUCAGCUAGCGUGAAAGUACCUGAACUUGAGUUGGAGCUUUCAAGUGGAACGUUGGGUGGUAUGGUCACAACUGUUGAAGGUUUAAUUGUGAAAAUAUGUGAGGCUCUGGAGAGAAUACAUGGAUUCCAAUUGGGCGAUAGCACACUGGAAUGGAAAAAGAAGAAAUGGGAGGAUUUUAAGGAGAGAUUAUCCAAGCUUCUGAGUUUACAAGAGCCCUGGACUCUAAUAAUUGAUGAUGGAUUGGCGGCUUCGUUUGUAGCCCCGGCUACUGAUUCUUUAGAAGAUGACAGCCAGCUAACCAUGGAGGAGUAUCAGAGGAGUUGGGAGCAGAAUGAGGAACUUGGCCUGAAUGACAUGGAUACGUCCUCUGCAGACGCGGCUUACAACACGACCAGCACAUGAUUUUUUUUUUAAGUUUUGUUGUGCUGAAUGUAUUUGUUAUGCUAGCUUGUAUCAUUAUCUAUUUACUUUGGUAAACUCCCAGUGUGUAUACUAAUAUCAACCACUUAUAUUUCUUCUGACGAUAAACAUCGAGCGGCAAUGCGUUGAACGAUGUUUAGAACAUUUUAUAAGUUCUGCGGAGCACCAGCUUUGACGAAA